GCCUCUGUGCCUAUCGUUCACGUGAGGCUAUCGUUCACGUGAGGCUAUCGUAUACAUAGAGAGGAGCGCGAUUUGUCUCUCUUCACUGUCAUUUCCGUUCCUGUGCGCGUUCUGUACUUUGACACACAGUCAUGCACGGACUACUUGAGCUGUCUCUGCAGCUUCUCAACUUCAGGGGUUCUUCUGAUGCGCAAAAGCCGAUACCUGGAGAACAUGCUGCUGUGAAGCUCACACCAACGAUUAAGUCUGCUGGCGUUCCAGAUUACUUCGUCACGGAUGAUGGUCAUUUCGCAGGACCCACACAAACCGGCGAUGCACCGUACAUGGCUCAAACCAACAUAGCGCCUUUCAUUGGAGUGUCUUACAUUCCUAAUGCGCCCCUCGAGACCCAGGUACCCAUUGCCAACGCUGAAGGACGGAAUAUCUUCCGAAGUCUGGCCAACCUCAGCCCCUACUUCCCUAACCCGCGCGGCUUUGGUGUGGACGAGUAUGCUAUCCCACCAGGCUCGAACGUCACAUGGCUGAACAUGGUGCAUCGCCAUGGCAGCCGCUACCCCGAGUUCAGUGGUGAUGCAGCUGAGAUGAUGCUUGGAAGGAAGCUGACAGCCGCUGCUGGAAAAUUCACAGGCCAUGGUGCCCUAGACUUCCUCAACUACUGGAGAUGGCAGCUUGGUGGCGAGAUUCUGGUCCCCAUGGGCAAGCAGGAGCUCUUCAAUUCUGGCACGCUGCACUACUAUCAAUACGGUCAUCUCUACCCCAACAAUGGCAGCAAAAUUGUAGUCCGCAGUACCACACAACGACGCAUGUACGAGUCCGCAGAGUAUUUUAUGGCAGGCUUUUUUGGUCUAGGGUGGGCACAGAACGCGACUCUCGAACUUGCCAUUGAGUCGCCGGGCUACAACAAUACCCUCGCCGGAUACAAGCAAUGCAACCAUUCCAGCUGGCUCAUGGCGAGAGAUGCGCUCAUGGAGUGGGUUAAUGUAUAUCUCGUUGACGCACACGAGCGUUUUACGAACAACAUAACCGGUGACCUCGAUUGGACCAUCACCGACACCUACAACGCCCAAGCCUUCUGCGCGUAUGAGACGGUUGGACUUGGUUUCUCCCACUGGUGCAGUCUGUUCACCUACGAAGAGUGGGAGGGCUAUGAGUAUGCCCUCGACAUCGGCUUCACAGCAGGAACGGCCUUUGCUUCCCCGGUCGGACGCGCCAUCGGUGUUGGCUACGUCCAGGAAGUACUCGCACGCAUGCAGCACCACGUCAUCGUCGACCAGAGCGCGCAGAUCAAUAUCACGCUUGACAACAACAACGCUACAUUCCCAGUAGACCAGAACUUGAACCUCGACUUCAGCCACGAUGCAAACAUCAUCAGCAUCUUGGUUGCCUUUGGCCUGACCCAAUUUGCCGAGCACCUGCCCACCAAUGCCAUCAAGAAAGAUCGCGAGUUCAUCCUGAGCUACAUGGAGCCGUUUGCUGGCCGCCUCGACAUCGAGGUCAUCAAGGCACCUGCGCCCGUCAACCCUAAUCGCCACUCAAAAGAUAUCUACCUUGACGGUGAGCCGACCAGCUACGUGCACUUCAUUCUCAACCAGCGCACAAUCCCUCUUGGCAGAAGCUUGCAGGCGUGCGGCGAUCGGGAUGAUGGGUGGUGCGAUAUCGAGACGUUUUUGAAGGUGCAGAAGGAGCAGAUCGAGUUGGCCGACUAUGAGUAUGCGUGUUUUGGGGACUAUGAAACCCCCAAGUAUGGAGACAUUACGGAUGGACGACCGGUCAAAAAGGAGUAGACGAUACCCUCGUUCUGCUGCAGCAUAUGCUGGAGUUGAGCACGAGGGGUCUUGAGAGUGAUAAAGAGUUAUAGAGACAAGAUAGCGAGAACUGAAAUUAUACAAUACCUACUGCGAAUUCCCAUCUGGUCGAUAGACACAAUCGUCCUUGCUGACCGUCUCAUCUGUUGUCCCCGUGUUCGCGCUUGAAGCCAUCGUCCGUUCGUCCUCGUCUUGUCUGACAUCACCAUCGCCCCCUCUCAUCUCUCAUCGGCCUCACUUCGCUCGCCUCUCCCCACAAUCUCCUCCAUUCAAGAAACCCAGCAGUACCUUUGUGGAAAGCCGACCUCGCUUCGCUCACUCAUUACACCCACACACGGCUCUUACCGGCCCUAUCAGCCAACCAGUUUACACGCUGCUUAUC